AAUUUAUCCCCAUUAAAAUUCCGUAAAAUUAGAAGAGAUUUAAUUACUUUGUAUGAUAUUUUGAAUGAUAACUUAAAUAGUAAUUUAUAUUCAGAUCUAAAAUUACGUACAGAUUCGAUAACUAGAGGACACGAUAAAAAGUUAGAACGAAAUAAGGUUAGAACAAGCAUGAGUAAAUAUGCAUUAGUUAUCAGAAUCAUGCCCAUAUGGAAUUCUUUAACACAGAAAAUUGUGGGUUCAAAAUCCGUAAAU